AUUCAAUACUAUUAUCAACGGCAUCAAUCUAGAACCAUUUCGACUAUUAUUCUCCUAGUCUCGUUUAUUUAAAAGAGACAAGUCUAGACUUUGUAUUUGUUUCAAUUUCAUAAAGAUGAACUGUCAAAAAGGGAUAUUGCCAUUGUACCGGCGUAUUAUCAAGUCCUCCAACUCCCCCGCAAUCACCAAACUCACCAAACGAUCUAAAGGAUACAAAAGCGAAGAACCAUUUGUCCUCCCAAGGGUAGUAAUUGAUCUUGAUGCUCCUGAAAACCCCGCUGUACGCGACUACGAUGCAACAGAAGACAAUAUCCUAACACCUUUCCAACAACAAAUCGUCCGAUCAGCAGAUAAAGCCAUCGCUAGAAGAACCAAACUAGUUCGCAAACAAUUGGACGAAAAAUUAGUGGGGUUUCCUCGCAAGGGAGGUAAAAAAAAUCAACAUAUCAGAGAUGAUGCUUUAGAGCAUGAGUUAGCGUAUAACCCAGAUGCCUCACCACCAACUGUUACGGCGGUGGAUCUUAUGACGUAUGCACUACUUGGGAAUCCAUUCACAGCUAGGGGAUCGAAAGAGCCGACUCAUAUGAGGGAUGUACAUAUGGAGAGAUUGUUCAUGGGUCAUAGUAUUGAUUUUAAGGAUACGGCGAAUAUGACGAUUAGGGCUUUGACGGAGGAUUUUGAUAUUUCGACGGAUGGGCAAGGUGAGGAGAAUGUUAAAACGGAGCAGAACCGAGAAAUUGCGGGAAGGAGGAAUAAAAGAAAGGAGGAGCUGGAAAAUGAGGAGCAGAACAUUGAAAAAGGAGAAUAAUGAGGCACACACAGUGAAUAGAAAAAGGAACUGUAGCUUUGGAUAUUGAGAGGAUGACCGCGAAGGGCGUUGAAUUCACGAUCCUGUGGAGUCUCAAGAGUAGCUCAAGAGGUCAUCGAGUCAGGCAUCCGCAACUCAGAUCUGAAAUUUCCCACCCUGUUGAAGUUUGUGAGCAGAUCACCAAACGAUGAAGGGGGAUGAGCCAUGGAGUGGCAUGAGAUUUAGGCUGAUGCGGCUUCAAAGGGAAACUAUGUAGACUUUGGUUGUCGUGAGACCUACCUGAACUUCAGCUAGUCUGGUACUGACACCCAGAAACAAUAAGUCUAUACCAAAGAGAGUCUUUAUGGGUCAUAUAAUCGUUGACUA